GUCCUGAACCACGUCGUCCGAUCCGCCUUCGCUGUGUUGCCCGUUACGCCAGCGAACUCAAGUAGAGCUGACGCUGCUGGGUAGUCAGGCUCAGGGCCUUUGACCUCAAUCAUCUCCCUCACAACGCUGUCAAACUCCCCCACGUUCUUUGUCUUUCCCUGGUCCCGUUCGUUAUGCAAAUCGAUGGUCUCUUCUCCCGCGACGACUGCAAGGUGUGCGGUGCAACGCCGGCGUGCAACUGUGCAGCAGACCAGGAGUGCUUUGUCGUGAGCAGGGAUUGCUAUACUUGCGCCUCGAUCAAGUGCAUCAGCAAGGGGGACUCCGGAAGUGCCGGCGCGGGCGGCGUCAGCAAGGGAGCCCUCGCAGGUGCCGUCAUCGGUGUGCUCGCUUUCCUGGCACUCUUGGUUGGCGGGUACCUCUGGUGGCGCAGGAAGCAGGCCGACAAGAAGGUUGCCGAUCCUAAUGCCCCCAAGGACAAGCCUGCAGCUGCUGCCGACGUGCUCAGCCGACCCGACCCCAUCGAGAAGACUUCGCGACCACCCACGGAGCAUACCGUGCGCGUAUACUCUUCCUCUUCCAACACGACCAUCGACCUGGACCCGGAGUCCCAGUCCCACCGCCAUGUAAGCCAGGCGAUGACUGGGUACUCAAAUCCGUUUGACGACGCCAACUCGAUCCAGACCGCAGGUACGGAAGGCACCAAUGUCAUCCCCAUUGCGCUUGUCUCCCCCGACACCCGGCGCUCUGGAGAGGGCGCGUCUGAGACGUCGUCUCUCCCCUCUCGCCCACCGCGACCAGAAGUUGAUCUCAAUCUCGAGCACGUCAACGUUUCCCGCGACAAUGUCAUGAACGGCUCUCCGUCCGCCCGCUCCGGCGUGUCCGGCUUCACCUCGAGGAACUCGUAUCAGUCGAAUGCGAGCUACUCGAGCGACUUCCUGCAUGAUACCCCCGUCAUCGUGACCCCCGCGAAGGGUGCGGUACGGCAGGUGCUCGGCGCUGUCAAAGCGGAGCUUGUCAGCGCACCACCAGGCCAAAAUGGGGACAGUCUGAAGGUUCCCGGCCUAGCGCCGAAACCCGCGGCAUCGUCCCCUCUGGCGGUCACUUCGUUCGGCCCGUCGGACAUCGUGAAGGAGGAGGAAGAGAACGGGCAGGAGUUGGAGAUCAAAGAUCCAUUCAGCGACGUGAACGCGUCAGCUCUGGCGACCGGCGGCUUCUCCCAGAAUUCUCAGAAGUCACCAAGUGGCACAACAACAACAUUCGGCGGGCGCACUCCCACGCGCGCGACUUAUGACCACGAUGCGCUCGAAGGCCCCAGCCGGCCAGCCAGCAUCGGCACUCAGGCGGGGUCUAUCAUUGACAUCGGCAGUGCAACCCGCGUUCAAGUCGGCUUCGGCACCCUUAGCAGCGCUGGUAGCACACCCGCCAGCGCUGCUUUCCCGCGCUCGCCCUACCGGACAACAAUGGGCAAAAUUGUGACGCCACCGGCCGCUGCGACUGGCAUGUCGGGCUCGCUGAUGGAACAACAGCGGGAAGCGCUCGCCCAUGCGCAGGCGCAGGCAGCAGCGCAAGCCCAAGGCCGGCCGGGCGCGAAACGCAUGUCCGCCACCUCCGUCAUGACCACCGCGUCCCGCACCGACUCCCUCCUUGAAGCCUUCCCCUUCGUGCCCCCAUCCCCUAUCUCCAACCUGCCCACGAGGACGCCACCCGCAUCACCUCUUAGCCAACAAUCUAUGCGUGCACCUUCGCCUAAUGUACCGCCUGUCCCCGCUCUUCCCAAGACCGCGGCCGACGUGGCGGAGGAAAGCGAUCUGCCCGCGCCUCCGUCCCGCAAGAUGCUGGGCAUGUCGACGGCGUCGCAGCUGUCGACAGCAUCUUCUGGUCUGGGCUCCUUCCCAUUCCAGAUUGACAAUGGCCCUGGUUCCGACGACUCCCAUGCGGCCAACCCGCCCUCGUCGUACCCGCCAGCGUAUGGCGAGCGACACAGGGCGAGCUUGGACACACUCGCUAUCACCAGCGACCUCUCGUCGUACCCGCUAGGCUUCGACAGGGACAAUGUCCAGCCGCAGGACAGGAAGUCAUAGUCAUAUUCACGCUCGCCCCAGUUUACGCCCGUCUACCGUAUGUGUCUUCACUCCUUCCUCUUCCAGGUCAACGGACCUGCGGGAUAUGUAUCAUUGUACCAACGGCGAAUGUAUCCCUUGCGUGACUAUCAAACGCUCACCGUGCAUACGUUCUCCUUCUAGACUACGUCCUGACCUUUUCUCAGCGAGGCGGGCUCGCUCACGAGCCGGUUUCCGUCUUCAGUGUAAUUACUCGUUCGUUGGUUGUGGGAGCUGUUCCAAUCUGUCUGCUUUUUUUCCAUACUUGUCUGAGGGGUUCAUUGUGUGUUUGCUUAUUUAUAGUAUGCACAUACAGCUGACGACUGCCGCCUUUGGGUUGUUGGGCGAGGUGUCGAG